GGCCGUGAGCCUUGUUCGGGCGAGCCCCUUAUACCAUAUUUCGAAAAUGUCUACCGCCAACGAAGCUGCUUGGCCCUUGGCCGAUGCCGCCCUGACCCAGGAGAUUCUGGAUCUCCUCCAGUCGGCCAUGCACAUCCGUCAGGCUAAGAAGGGUGCUAACGAAGUCACCAAGUCCAUCAACCGUGGUACUUGCGAGCUUGCCGUCCUUGCUGCCGACACCGAGCCCCUCGCCAUCAUCCUCCACAUCCCCCUCAUCUGCGAAGACAAGGGCGUCCCGUACGUUUAUGUCCCCAGCAAGACUCUGCUUGGACGUGCUUGCGGUGUGAGCCGUGCCGUUAUUGCCGCCAGCAUCAGCUCCAACGAGCUGUCUGAGCUUUCUGGCCAGAUCAAGGCUCUCCAGCAGAAGGUCGAGAGACUUGCCAUCUAAAUCUGGCAUCUGCUGAGACUCUUGGUUGAAUUGGGGGAAAAUUGUCUUGCGGGAACAUCUGUGUUGGCGCAUUUACCUUGGCACAUUACAUAUUACGUGUGAUGGGGAUGUGAAUGCGAUUGCGAUUGCAACGCAGUAGUUUAGCAUAGCAGGGUGGAUAGCCCUGACACGCCAAUGACAUUUUCACUUGGGUAAAACCUUGUGUUUUGAACAUGUAUGAUUUUUUUCUUCCUCUGCUGUGAUGAAAGUUGUUGCACUUGUAGUGAUGUAUCUAUCUUCUACACAAAGAUUCCCAGCAAAGGACCUGAACUUGUUAAUCACCGCCCGCCUUUGGAUUAUACCAAUAAUAAUAAUAACACUGCAC